AUCAUCUCGUACAGUGACAUGAUUCUCGGGCUCUGAUUGGUUGGUUUGCACGUCAAUCAUUCUCACAAGAGAUCAGAAAAGUAUCUACUGCUGAACUUGUAAUAUAUCCACUUCCAUCGCUGUUACAGUAUGACAACCAUCAUCAAGAAGCCGAACAAAAGCGUGAAGCAUGCUGAAAACUAGAGCCGUCCUGUGAGCCAAAGGUCACCAUGGAGACAGACGAAGCACCUGGGCAGCCUAAUGAUGACAGGGCGGAGACCUGCACCGUAUCCGUCAAAGGUCUGACAGAGAACUGGCAGAAAUGGUCCAACGACCACUGCGAGUAUCAGAAACACAAUCCCUUCAGCAAUGGCAAGGUGAUUCCCCCGCAGAUCCAGCGAGGACAGGAGGGCUACGGCAGGCCCUUAGAGGGCUCCAAAACAGAGCAGAGAGGAAAAGACGCCCACUCUCACAUCAGCAGAGAGGUCACAGAGCUCUGCCAGGUCAUUAGGGAGAUCGGAGCGAGCAGGGACGACGGCGGGGUGUCUGUGCACUUCGGGACACUGUUUGAGAGAUAUGUCACUAUCUCUAAUAAACUAGUGGGAGUUCUGCUGCGAGCACGCAAGCAAGGGCUGGUGCACUUUGAAGGUGAGAUGCUGUGGCAGGGGAGAGAUGAUGGAGUGCUCAUCACCUUGUUACAGUGAUUUACAGCAGUGCUGGACACCAUGUGCCUGUCUGUCCACCAUUGCUUUAUAGACAUCCGUUGUACUUGAACAUGGGUUAGGAGUCAGUUGUCGACCAAAGAAACUUAUGCUAAUGAGAUUCAAACUGAGUGUAUUGAAUUUCAAUGUAGCAAACUGGUACUACCAAACAGAAUUGGAAAAAUAAUGAUUUCAAACAGGAUUCAAAACAGUCUUGUAUGUCACUGGUCAACCAGAUAGGUAGCCCUGCCCCCCUCAUAGCAUUUGUUAAGUCAAUGUUGCUUUUAGGGGCUAAAAAACAGCAACAACGCUUACACUUUUAACUUAAAAAAUAUAUAUUUUAAACCAGUCAGAAAAUGGUUUGCUGGUCUUAGUUGGUCUACCAGCUUGGUUAGGCUUGUCUGUUUACUGGUUUUACUGUAGAGGUACUUUAAAGAAACAGUUCACCUAAAAAUAAAAAUUUGCUUAGGCCAUCCAAGAUAUAGAUGAGUUUGUUUCUUCACCAGAACACAUUUGGAGAAAUGUAGUAUUACAUCACUUGUUCACUGAUGAAUCAUUUGCAGUGAAUGGGUGCCGUCAGAGUGAGUUUUACACUUCAUAAGACGUGUUGAUUACUCGUGAAUUAUUGUGAUGUUUUGAUCUCUCAUUCUGACGGCACCCAUUCACUGCAGGGGAUACAUUAGUGAGCAAGUGACGUAAUGCUAAUGGCCUGAGGGUGAGUAAACUUUCAUUUUUGAGUGAACUAUUCCUUUAAGCAGUUUUUUUUUUCAGAAGGGCAACCUACAGAUGACUUUAUUCUGAUAAUAUCUCUGCACAAUAAUUUAUCCUCAGAAAUUACAUUCAUUUACCUUUAAGUGAACAAUAACAGUGCAAGAUUGUAGUCUUGACAAGCCAUAUUCUCAAACCAUAAUCACAAUAAUAUGCCAUCACUUUGAUGCACAGUGUUAAGGCACACAGUGUUUUCCUAUUGAAACCUUACUAUUUGAUUUAUUUUUAUUAUUUGUUAUGGAAUAAUUUUCUCAUAUAAUGAAUCACUUGUAGUACUGCCUAGAAAAUACAUUUCAACUUUUCUGUAUUGAAUUGCUUUGAAUUUAUUCUAAAUAUAAUUGAUAUAAAAUAUAUAUUUACAGUGAUGAUAAUGUGAUAAUUAAACUAUUAAAAA